AUGGACCCAACAAGGUUGGCCCCUAGUUGCGUACACAUUUCGUCUCCCAUUGCGCCUGCGUCAUCGACUCGGUUGAAGAUAAAUGGAUAUAUAGACAAUUUAAAUUCGAUUAUAUCUUGCAUCUCAGCACUUGAUCUUGAGCUACUGCUAUUAACAAACGAUAAAAUGGCCAUUCUUAUUUCUGAGCUCACAUCUUCAUUGUGGAACAAUGCCGCGUUUCUGCAUGAUUUGUUGAUGCGAUUUUUCAAUGUUAAUGAAAAUAGACCCGUUUCUUUCUUACAUAAAAAAACAGUCGAAACUUUGAGCCUCUCUUUGGAGGGCUUGUCGCCCAUUGAUGACCCCAAGGAGAGCAAGAUCCCUGUUUUGGAGCUUUAUUCAACACUCCUUGAAAAAAUCGAUUUUUUACUGGAUUCUAGUCUUAUUUAUAAAGAGAAUUUUUUGUCCUCCUGUAGGUCUCCCAAGGAAACUGCCCAAAUAAUACAACUUGGUGAUGGAGGCAUUGCCCUUGGUGCUUCUUUUGAUCAGGCCGUCCCGAGAUCGCAACUAACUUUUUAUGAUGCUCCAUGUGAUAACUCUCGAGAAGCAAAAUUUUCCCCUCGUCUUGAAUCCAUCCAAUUGGGUGCCCCGUUUUCUAAGCAAAUUGAGUCUUUGUUGAGCGCAGGCGAGCCAUUAGCAAAAUUGGUUUCGGUGGCUCAUAACUUUAUCUCUAUCGCCUCGGAUUCGCUUAAAAAUCCUAGCUAUGAACGGAUGGAAAAAAGACCUUUAAUGAUCAUCGACACUGCAUCUCAAUUGGAAAAUUUGGUGAAAAUCCUUGAUCAAAAUUCGGUAUUUGCCAUUGAUGUUGAAUACCACUCUUUGCGAUCAUUUAGGGGCUUUUCGUGCUUGAUACAAAUAAGCACACCAGAUGAAGACAUCAUAAUUGAUGCUCUGGCUUUAAGGGAGCACUUGUUCCUAUUAAACACCCCAUUUGGGGAUCCAUCAAAGCUAAAAAUUUUCCACGGAUGUCGUCAAGACUUGCUUUGGCUUCAAAAGGAUUUCUCGAUAUUUGUUGCAGGAAUUUUUGACACAUUUGUUGCCACAACUGCGGUUUUGUCCCUAUCAUUGCCAUCUUUUUCAUUGGCCUCGCUUGUGAGUACCUUUUGCUCGACAGAAGAUUCUAAGCUAGAAAUGGACAAGGAGCUUCAACUUGCAGAUUGGAGGAUCCGUCCCCUUUCGCAACAAAUGCUCAGAUACGCUAGGGCUGAUACCUAUUUCCUUUUGUCUCUUUUUGUCAAUUUUAUUGCAACCACAGCUUCUGACCCAACAGCCAUCAAAGGAUGGAUUGAAUGGAGCAUUCGUGAAAGCUCCUCCCUAGCUCUAAUCCGCUAUUCACCGGAAGAAAAAAAAUCUUCUUUUGAAAGCGAUCGACAAGAAGCAUUGGUUAGUGCUCAAAAAUCGUUAAAUAUACCCCUAUCUGCCCCUUCGAUUAGAGCAUUUAAUGCUCUUUGGGCAUGGAGAGACACUAUGGCAAGAGCCGAAGACGAAUCACCUAGAUAUGUGCUUCCAAAUUUUAUGCUCAUUAAAAUUGCCCAAAGGGUCCCGUCAGAUUCGCAAUCUGUUUUGAGUUGCUGCAACCCGGUUCCCCCUCUUGUUCGACAGCAUUCUUCAGAUAUCGCAUUUUUAAUUUGGAAAGCCGCAUCGUCUAUAGAAACCAUUAUACCUGUUUCGCAACCAACUUUGGUAAGCGAGCUUGUUAAUGAAGGCAACGGCAUCUAUAGUGUGUUUCCAACGGAAUAUCAAGUCCUUAUCAGUGAAAAUCUAGAUCAACUCAGAAAAGAGACCGAUGUUCCAUCCUCUCUAAUGGCUAAUAUACUUUCACCAUGCAAUUCUGUUAGUGCUAACGAGGAAAUUGUUUCAAAAAUAACUAAAAUCAAAGAGACAUUUUCUCUUGCGCCGUGGGAAUUGAUCGAAGACGAGAAUAAUCAAGAAAACGGUCCACAAAAGUCGGACAUCGAUAAUAUGUUGGUAUCUGUAAAUAUGGAUCUAGCAAAUUCGUUAGAAGAUUUAAGUGAAGACAUCACAUUAAAAAAGAAAAAACGCAAGAAAAGCAAAAAACCAGACACCUUGGAAUUUAUUUCUAGUGCCGUUGAGCCACAAACUGAUGCUAACUCACUGCCUUUUAUAGAGAAUAACGAACUUACACCUAUUCCUACUUCUUUGGCAUCAAAAUCCUUUUCAUUCCAGAAUGGUGAAUGUUUGAAACGAAAGUCUCGCCAAUCCGACGCUAUUGAAGCCCCCAUUGGCUAUGUAUCUCAGAGGAAAAAUAGAAAACAAGUCAAGGGAGUUUCCCAAUCCUUUUUAAAUUAA